UCCUUGGUUUUCCCCGGGUUUUCUCUCCUUUGCUGUCAAUUCUCUCUCUCCCCAAAACAGCCACAAAAACUCUCAGCACUCCAUAUGGAAUUAUCGUACAUCAAAACAGCGCUGACAGGAUGAGUGGAAAACUGCUGUCUGGUGUCCUGAAUGGCGUGCUCUGUGGCAUUGGCGCGUACGGCUGCUGCAAGCUGGAUCCCCUCGUGCAGCCCUUUGGCUACGUCGCCUGCGUACUGGCCUACACGCAUGGCACCCUGGGACUGAUCGGCUCGCUGCGGCACGCCCAGAACUGCCACAGCCCGCACUUGUGCCUCACGCGCACCCUCAUGGAGGUCGGCCAGGUGACGCUGAUCAACACCCAGUUCUACCACUCGUCGAUGGGCAGCCGCAGAGCGCUGCUGUUUGGCCUGUCCAUGGGCGGAUUCGGCUACCUGGCGGUCAGGAUGCCCAAAGUGAUCUUGUGGCGCACGGCCAUCGGAUUCUUGAACGUGUUGUGUCUGCUCUGCAUCGCCAGGCACACCGAUGCCAUGGGCAGCCACGUGCUGAUGGCCCUCCUGUAUGCGCUGGGCAGCGAUGGCGUCUACUACCUGAAGGCCAAUGCGCACGCCAGCUGCGGCGAGCGACUGUACGAAGUGUGCAGCAUUGGCAUCACUCACUUGGCCAUAAGGGCAUUCCGGGCCAAGCUGUAGAAGGGUUCAACCUGCCCGCAGCCAGCAGCCAUCAGUUUGUUAUAUUUUUUAAAAGAAUUAAUAGAAAUACAAAAAGAAGAAAAGAAAACUCUA